AUGGGCCGCAACCCAUUCAUCGUUGCCUUUGCGCCAAUCCGCUUCAUCACCGCAGGAGGAUACCUGGCCGUGUCCUACCUCCAGCGCCGGGAAAGUACUGGUGACAUAGACUGUCUGAUCGAUCCAGAAUUUGUAGGCGACAGAGACAUUAUCACGCCAUUUGAAGAAGCGGUGCAGGUCGUGGCAAAGAAGUUGAACUACAACCCCGAGUGGAUGAACGACGCCAUGUCCAUUUUCGUCACACAGAAAACCCGAAAAUUGUUGUUCGAGCAAGCAGAUCAACAGGACAUCAUACUUUACAAAGGGGAGAAUCUGGAGAUUCGUGCCGCGCCCAUCGAAUGGGCCCUCGAACGCAAGUUACGGAGGAUACAUGCAGUGUACAGGAACAACAAAGGAGCGAUGGAUAUAUCGGAUGCCGUUGCCAUGCUGAAGCACAUGCGCACGCGGAAUGAUGGUCCCAUUGGAUGGAGAGGUCGUCCGAAAAAUGAACAUGAAUGGGUUUGA